AUGUCAACAACAGAUCUUCAUUCGAACCAAUGGUAUCGGAUGUCAACAGCAGAUUCUCCAACUCAUUAUUUCUCUUACGAGGCCAUAGCCGGUAUCCCUAAGGAUGAAAAACAACAAGGCACGGAGUGGCAAGUGCUUCGGUUCAAUUCUACAGUCUGGGUGAUACGCUCUCAUCUUGGUGGAGCCGACAGCUACCUAGGUGCUUUUGUGAACAGCAACGAUACUGAAUCACUCACCAUGGUUAAAAAUGAAACGUUGGAUGACAGUGUAUAUUGGGAAAUCACGUCAUGGGGCGACGAGUUUUGGGCUCUUUCCACCUAUCCUACGCUUGGAGAGCAUGACGUCUAUAAGAGACAACAGUAUACGACGACGACGUCGAUUUCAGAGCCUAUAGAAUCGGCCGAGUUCAAAUGGUCCUUUAAAAGUGUCUCUUUCAUCAAUGACGCUGCUUUCUCUGGCAUAUAUUUACCAGAUUCUUCGAUGACAAUAUCGGAUAUCUCCGCUCUGGCUUCUGCCACCGCUGGCGUAACAUCUUUCUCUUCCGCCACCUCUUAUCCAACAUCUCCUGACAAUACCGCUCCGCCCGGAGGUUAUUAUACGUACUCUCCAGGGCUCUCUUUUACUGUCAAAGCUGCCAUUGGCGCUGGGAUCGGCAUUGCAAUACUCAUCGGACUCAUCCUUCUGGGCUUUUGUCUGCGUCGGAAACGAAAUCAAAGAAAAGCAUGUGAAAGUUCAGAACCGGAGGUACAGAACCACAAAUUCCUGCCUUCCACCAAUAAUGAUCUCAAGUACAACACCGAGACCGUUUACGAAGGACCAUAUAACAAUGUUGAGUUGGACGCCCCGGUAUACUAUGAUCAUAAACCCGCCACCGCGAACGACUACAAGAUAUCAAACAGCAAUGUCGCUCUAGCAGCACCGACAGACCUCAAACCAAAGUAUAGUACCGCGGAAAUUCACGAGUUGCCACAUGGCGAUGUCGCAUCAGAAGCGCAGUUAAACCAACGUCCGGCUGAAAUGCCCACUGUUGUUUAUCAGGCCAAGCAUGAACUUGAAUAG